CGAGCCCAGCCCGCGGCGGCGGCGGCGGGAGCGGCGAGGGGCGCGGGCGGCGGCGGCGGCGGCGGGGCCUGCGGGGCCUGCGCGGGCGGGCGGGCGGGCGCGCGCCAUGGCCUCCAAGAAGGCGGGCUCGCGGCUGGAGACGGAGAUCGAACGCUGCCGCUCCGAGUGCCAGUGGGAGCGGAUCCCCGAGCUCGUCAAGCAGCUGUCCGCCAAGCUCAUCGCCAACGAUGACAUGGCGGAGCUCCUCCUCGGGGAGUCGAAGCUGGAGCAGUACCUGAAGGAGCACUCGCUGCGGCAGGGGGCCAGCCCCCGCGGCCCCUGGCCCCAGCUCACCGAGGUCCGCAAGCACCUGACCGCCGCCCUGGACCGGGGGAACCUCAAGUCAGAGCUGCUGCAAGAAUCCAACCUGAUCAUGGCCAAGCUGAACUACGUGGAAGGAGAUUACAAGGAAGCGCUCAACAUCUACGCGCGGGUGGGCCUCGACGACCUGCCGCUGACGGCCGUCCCGCCCUACAGGCUGCGGGUGCUGGCGGAAGCCUACGCCACCAAAGGACUUUGUCUAGAGAAGUUGCCUGUUUCCUCUUCUACCAGUAACCUCCACGCGGACCGGGAGCAGGAGGUCAUCACCUGCUAUGAGAAAGCGGGGGACAUCGCGCUGCUGUACCUCCAAGAGAUAGAAAGGGUAAUCCUUACUAAUAUCCAAAACAGAAGCCCUAAGCCUGGCCCUGCUCCCCACGAUCAAGAACUAGGUUUUUUCCUAGAAACAGGACUUCAGAGAGCCCAUGUCCUCUAUUUCAAAAAUGGGAUAGAUGUGCAUGAAGACCAACAGAACUUGACCAGAGGAGUGGGGAGGUUCAGAGAGCUCCUCCGAGCGGUGGAGACGAGAACAACUCAGAACCUGCGAAUGACAAUAGCCAGGCAGCUGGCAGAGAUCUUGUUGCGGGGUAUGUGCGAGCAGAGCUACUGGAACCCUCUGGAGGACCCGCCCUGCCAGUCGCCUCUGGACGACCCUCUCCGGAAAGGAGCCAACACCAAAACCUACACCCUCAGUCGCAAAGCCCGCGUCUACUCAGGAGAGAACAUUUUUUGCCCUCAAGAAAAUACAGAAGAAGCCCUGUUGUUAUUGCUGAUUAGUGAAUCUAUGGCCAACCGGGACGCCGUGCUGAGCAGGAUCCCCGAGCACAGGAGCGACCGCCUCAUCAGCCUGCAGAGCGCCUCGGUGGUCUACGACCUGCUGACCAUCGCUCUGGGGAGAAGAGGCCAGUUUGAGAUGCUGUCGGAGUGCUUAGAGAGAGCCAUGAAGUUCGCCUUCGAGGAGUUCCACCUCUGGUACCAGUUCGCUCUGUCGCUCAUGGCGGCCGGAAAAUCCGCCCGGGCUGUGAAGGUGCUGAAGGAGUGCAUCCGGCUGAAGCCCGACGACGCCACCAUCCCGCUGCUGGCCGCCAAGCUGUGCAUGGGCUCCCUGCACUGGUUGGAAGAGGCUGAGAAGUUUGCCAAAAUCGUCGUUGAUGCGGGAGAGAAAACGUCCGAGUUCAAGGCCAAAGGCUACUUAGCUCUGGGGCUCACGUACAGCCUGCAGGCCACUGACGCUUCGCUGCGAGGCAUGCAGGAGGUCCUGCAGAGAAAGGCGCUGCUCGCGUUUCAGAGGGCCCACAGCCUGUCGCCUACAGAUCACCAAGCAGCUUUCUACCUCGCUCUGCAGCUCGCCAUCUCCAGACAGAUACCGGAGGCUCUGGGGUAUGUCCGCCAGGCUCUUCAGCUUCAAGGCGAUGAUGUCAACUCACUGCACCUGCUCGCCCUCCUGCUGUCGGCACAGAAGCAUUCCCACGACGCGCUGAGCAUCGUGGACAUGGCCCUGAGCGAGUACCCCGAGAACUUUCUACUGCUGUUCUCCAAAGUGAAGCUGGAGUCCCUGUGCCGGGGCCCGGACGAGGCGCUGCUCACCUGCAAGCACAUGCUACAGAUAUGGAAAUCCUGCUACAACCUGACCAACCCCAGUGAUUCGGGACGAGGGAGCAGCCUCUUGGACAGAACCAUUGCAGACAGGCGGCAGCUCAACACAAUCACCUUGCCAGACUUCAGCGACCCGGAGACAGGCAACUCUCCAGAAGUAUACUUUCAUGGUUUUCCCUCCCUUUUUUCAGUUAGCUCUAUCCACGCCACGUCCGUGGCUGCCUCCCGGGUGGAGCAGGCGCUGUCCGAGGUGGCCUCGUCUCUGCAGAGCAGCACCCCCAAGCAGGGCCCGCUGCACCCUUGGAUGACCCUGGCACAGAUCUGGCUCCACGCAGCCGAAGUCUACAUCGGCAUUGGGAAGCCUGCGGAAGCCACGGCCUGCACCCAGGAAGCUGCCAACCUCUUCCCCAUGUCCCACAAUGUGCUGUACAUGCGAGGCCAGGUGGCCGAGCUCCGCGGGAACAUCGACGAGGCCCGGCGGUGGUACGAGGAGGCCCUGUCCAUCAGCCCCACCCACGUGAAGAGCAUGCAGCGGCUGGCCCUGAUCCUUCACCAGCUGCGCCGCUACAGCCUGGCCGAGAAGAUUCUCCGUGACGCGGUGCAGGUGAACUCCACGGCCCACGAGGUCUGGAACGGGCUGGGCGAGGUCCUCCAGGCUCAGGGCAACGACACAGCCGCCACCGAGUGCUUCCUGAUGGCCCUGGAGCUGGAGGCCAGCAGCCCCGCCGUGCCCUUCACCAUCAUCCCCCGGGUGCUCUGACCGGCGCCGGCAGCCGCACCGCCGCUCGGGCACGGAGGCCCCGCCUGGGGUGGCCCGAGGGGACACGUCUGCCACCCGAGGCCCCGGGCGGACGUGCGACUGGCCAGGGCGAUCCGACCAGACCAACCCGCAUCGGCACUCCCCCGCGUGCACGCCUGCGGCCUCCGCAGCCCGGCGACAUCGCUCAACACGGGUUAUGUGCCAUAUCUUGUUAGUUGACAUCUGAGUUUUAAGUAACAUGGUUAUGGAAAUAAUCCACAAACGUGGAAGAACACGCUCAACGUUAACAUUCAGUGGCAGAACAGAGUAUUUUUGUCAGAGCUGUAAAGAAAGCUGUUCUCUCCUCCUCGCCACCCUGCCCCACCCCCGGCCCAGAAACCAAAUGUGAAUCUUCUUUUCCCACCUCAGUGCUAGGCCACGCCAGGACUCCGGCCAACCAUUUCUUGGUUUUGUUGUCGAUAAUUGUACCAUGUGAUGAAUUUCUGUCCUCGCUUAGAACAAAGCCCGAGUCCAAGAAUAUUUAUAUUUUGCCAAUAUAUGCCUGUUACCAGAGAAGGAAAUAUGAGUUAUUUAAGUUUAACUUUUUUAUGUGAAUUCAGAGUUUAUUUAUCAACGGAAAGAUGUACAAAGAAGCUUCAAAUGGAAAAUAUUUACCGACAUUCCUUAUACAUGACAGACACUUGGCUAAACGGGAAGAUGACGUUAAUAAUAAAAUGAUUUUAAAAAUGGA